GGAUAUUUAUUGUCUGACUGGACAGAGAUCUAGGAUCUGGUCCUGGAAGUUCACUGGCAGUAACAUCCCCCCAACCAGCACAACAAUGUCUCCAAAGAAAGCAAAGAAGCGAUCAGAUGGGGCCAACUCCAAUGUCUUCUCAAUGUUUGAGCAAACCCAGAUUCAGGAGUUUAAGGAGGCAUUCACUAUUAUGGAUCAGAAUCGAGAUGGUUUCAUUGACAAAGAAGACCUCAGAGACACCUUUGCCGCUCUAGGUCGUCUGAAUGUGAAAAAUGAAGAAUUGGAAGAAAUGCUAAAAGAAGCUCCAGGACCAAUCAACUUCACUGUGUUCUUAACAAUGUUUGGAGAGAAACUUAAGGGAGCUGAUCCGGAAGAAACAAUUCUAAAUGCUUUCAAAGUGUUUGACCCGGAAGGCAGUGGACUCCUAAAAUCAGAUUAUAUCAGAGAAAUGCUCAUGACUCAGGCUGAGAGGUUCUCAAAUGAAGAGGUUGACCAGAUGUUCACAGCGUUCCCACCUGAUGUUACAGGAAAUUUGAACUACAAAAACCUUGUCCACAUCAUCACACAUGGAGAAGAGAAGGAGGAGUAAAGUGAUCCUGACAUUUGCUGAAAUUCCUGAUAUUUUAUCAGAUUAAAAAGUUAUUUUUGCCUCAAUUCUUUGUAUUAUUCAGAUUAACCCUUAUGACAAAGCAUCACCAUAAAAUUCCAUAUUAUUUGGUGUUUUACAUUGUACUACUACACCAUUUUUUCUUAAGGAACAUCCCACGAUUCUGUUAGUGACUUCAUGACUCAAAAAAACAGUAUGUGCAUAUCUAUGUAUGUAUGAUAAUAAAUGUUAUUUCUAUA